AUGUUCGCGCCCCGGUCAAUCUUCAUAUACACGAUCCUCGCGGUGGUCAAGGACACCCUUAUCGUCACGUCGAUCGGCGCCGAGGCGAUGCCGGUGCUGGGCGCGGGCAUCAGCCCGCUCAUCGCCUUUGCAGCGUUCUGGCUCCUCGGUCAGAUGCAGCAACUGCUGUCCGCACGGGCCGUGUACCAAGCCGCACUCUGGGGGAUGCUGGCCGCGUACGUUGCGUUCCUCGCCGUCGUGUACCCACGAAUCGACUCCUUGCAAGCCCAUGGGCUUGGUGACUGGCUUCGCGUCCUGCUGCCAGAAAGGCUCGGGGCGCUCGCGACGCUGGCGGAGCACUGGUCCGUCGCCGCCUUCUAUUGCCUCGCCGACAUCUGGGGUCUGAUCGGCGUGUCGAUUCUGUUCUGGAGCACCGCCAACGAAAUCUGCACCAUCAAGGAGGCCAAAGUGGUGUACCCGCUGAUCGGGAUCUGCGGCAACAUCGCCGUCGUCGCAGCGGGGACGCUGCUGCAGGCCGUCCGCGCCACGCUGCCGAAGAACGCUCCUCCGCAGGAUCUGUUCCGGACGCUGUCCCUGGCGAUGCUUGCAUGCGGAGCCAUGAUGUCCCUCACCCGGAUUCAUGCCUGGGGCAUCGCCAACGUCGUCGUGGCGUCCGCGUUCGCCCGAGGGAUCUUCGAAGUCGCGUGGCGGCACCAGCUGCGCACGCUCUACCCGGCCGAGGGCCAAUACGCUGGCACGCUCGGCUGGGUCCAGAUCGCGAACGGCGCAGCGACGAUCACGAUGAUGGCGAUCGCGCCCUACAUCUUCAGCUCGAUGGGCUGGGGCGUCGCCGCGCUGCUGCCUCCCUUGUUCGUGGCGGUGUCCCUCACCGCGUUCUUCGUGCCGUCCGUCCUCGCACAGAACGCCGAUCUGGCGCCGGAGCUGCGCUGCUCCCUCGGUCGGAUCGGCGUCGCGGUCGGGGCCGUGGCGCAGGUGAUCGUCGGAAGCUUGCGACAUGCGCUGUCAGACCCAGCGAAAGAGAUGGUGUAUAUCAGCAUGUCGCCGCACAAGCGAGGGCGGCGCAAGACGGCCGUCGACAUGCUCAGUACGGUCGUCGGAAAGACGGGCAGCUCGCUCCUACUGGCAGGCAUGCUGUUUGCGUGCGGCUCCCUCUCUGCAGCGAUGCCAGUGGCCGCCGUGGCCGCGAUCGGCGCCACGAUGAUCUGGCUGCGUUCGGUCGACGUGCUGAGGCGCGACAUGGCGGUGUCCGAGGGCGCGAGGCAGCAUGAAGGCGGCAAGCUUGCUGCGAUUGCACGGGAUCAGGAGCUGGGUGAGGGCGUGGGGCUGAAGCGCAGCCGCGACGACGACAGCGCGUUGAGGAGCCUGUCAAUGUCGGGCGACGGCGAUGCGUGGGCGAUGUGA